CGAAAUCUCACCGGCGGAAAUGUUAGUUCACGUGAAUAGCGCUCAUUUGGAUUACUUAACACCAAGUACUCCAGAAAACGAUAUGCUGGCCUUUAUCGAUGAUGACUCUACAAUGGAGGAUCAUAGACAUGAUGAAUGCCGUGGUCCUUCUCCGUCUAUGUCUCUUAGGCCACCGUAUCUUCAAAAUGGUUGGACUGCUUCUCACAGUUCUCGUAUGCAACAACAACAAUUACAGCAACAACAGAAUUCUAAAACCCGUAAACUAGAUGCACCAGCUGCCAGUCCCAAUGUAAACAAUAAUAAUAACAACAACGACAACAGCAAUGCUAAUAGCGUAUUGGAAGGUUCGGCAGGCCAUGGAUCUCCAUUGCGCUCUGGCCUAAAUCUUCAAUUACGCUCACAUGCUUCUCCUAAAUUAGCUGUUCAGGAAUGUCCAAUGUGUCCAUAUAGUUCAGACAGUCCAUUAAGACUGGAAGAACAUAUCAAUCGACAACAUUUUGAUCUCACUUCUCCAUCUUUUCCACCUUCGUCACCUCCAACUAAAGAUGGAGUCUUCAACUGCCCUUUAUGUGUAACAUCGUUUCCUAAUUCCUCUGAUCUUGAAUUACAUGUUAAUAUUGAACACAAAGAUAUACUCAGUCCUGCAAAUGGAACAGCAUUGCAAUCUGAUCUGGCUACUAUUGGUAGUGAUACACCUCCCUGUCCAGUUUGUCUCAGUACAUCGUUUAAAAAUAAUGACGACCUAACGUUACACAUCGAAGAACAUUUUAACAAAAAAAAUACUCCAUCUCCCAUAACACCAGAUCUUUCAACAGAUAGAAUGUUGGCAAAAGAUAUGGAAAGGCGAGAAAAAGAAGUUAGAAAAUUACGUGAACAACGUGAAUUUGAAAUGUUGCGAGCACAAUAUGGAAUGGACAAUCAGGGUAAUUUCAGAGAGCAAAGUGUAACUAAUAUGCAACGUGCCGUCCUUGCGGGCGAAAUGACGGUAGCAGAUUUUUAUGAAAGACAAACAGGGUUAACGGUUGCUGAAAGCAGUGGUAUCGAUGAUAGCAGUUCUUGUACACGUGGGCUGGUUCCCAAGAUAAGAGCUGUUAGUCAAACAUGCAGUAAUGUAGUAAAUACAUGGAUGUGUUCUACAGUGGAUCAUUAUGCUUCUACUUAUGGAGACAAAGGCUGGGGCUGUGGUUAUAGGAAUAUGCAAAUGUUGAUUUCAUCUCUUUUACAGCAUACUGGAUACAAUGAGUUAGUGUACAAAGCUUGGAGUUCUGGCCUUGAUAGUGGAAGUACCACUGACAAUCCUUUGCGUAGUUCUAUGCCCUCCAUAUCUAGGCUCCAGAAAAUGAUAGAAUGGGCUUGGGCUCAAGGUUUUGAUAUUCAAGGUGCUGAGCAACUUGGUGGUAAACUUAUGAACACUAGGAAAUGGAUUGGUGCUACGGAAGUCGUAACUUUGUUAUCCAGUUUAAAAAUAAAAUGUCAGCUAGUAGACUUUCAUAGACCCACCAGUGUUGAUGGAGGACAUCCUGAAAUGUUUAAUUGGGUGUUACAAUAUUUCCAGAGAUGUGACGAUUUUAAACCACCACUUUAUUUGCAACAUCAAGGCCAUAGCAGAACAAUAAUGGGUGUAGAACGAUUAAGAGAUGGUUCUAUAACUAUGUUAGUAUUAGAUCCAAGUCACAGUCCAUCACAAAUGGCACAAUUUAAUAGUACGAGCAGUGCACCUGGUGCAAUGCGACUUGUGCGUAAAUCAACUGCUGCGAUGAAAGCUAAACAAUAUCAAGUAGUUGCUGUAACUGGAAUUAUGGAUACGGAAGAACAGUACCAAAUAGGUGAGAGUUGCUGGUCCAAAUGAAAGCACAACCGUGCCCGAAGAUAAUAGACUGCCUCAAACCGUUCUUGUCCAGCAUCCUUGAAAUUACGUGACCGCAAUGCUUUAGGUUUAUCACUAGUAUACUUGCCUCCAUUAUAGUAGCAGCAAAAUGAUUAUGUAAUAAUAUAUUCUUGCAUUUCUAGCAUGAAUAACGAACUGGCUCCUUGACACAUUAUGUGUUUUAUGCGUGCGUCGCGGUAAAAAAAUUUCAGAAUUAAGAUUAUAUCAAAAUUUUGGUACAAUUCGCUUAUUAAAUUUUUCAAGCACAAAAAAUUCUAAUUCUUUACGGAAUUACGGUGUUCCAUGUAAAUUAUAUUCUGAUAAAAUUAUUACUACUUCUGGAAGCACCUUUAUUAUCAUGUACGAGUAAAAGGAUAUAUGAAAAUUUACUGAUAAAACUAUUAAAAGAUGGUUAUAAUUCCAUUGCCAUUCCUUAUUCAACAUGUUCUACUAAAUUUUCGUCGUACUUAAACUGGCUGUGUUAACUUCGAUCCGGCCAAUCCUCCUAUGGCGAUCGAUUAUACCAAUUGAAAAAGCGUCCUGGCAGAGCUUGGAAAACAAAACUCUUUCGUAGCUGUGAUGCGAUUAUUUAAUGCUGAUCGUUCGUCUAUCAUAAACAUUUUUAGAGAUGCUCCAAUAUCGAUGUCAAUGCAGUAUUGUCUUACUCUCUGUCUCUUUGUGUAUGAUAUACCUUUGUAUCAAAAUGCUGUCAAUUUUCACUCGAUAUUGAAUGCCAGUAGAUAUAUACAUGCAUAUAUAUAUAUAUAUAUAUGUAUAUAUAUAUGUAUAUAUAUAUAUGUAUGUAUAUAUACAUACAUACAUACAUACAUACAUACAUACAUAACCACAUACACACAUAUAAACAGUAUAGUAAAAUUUUAUAUGACAAACAAAAUUAUUCUUGGACGUAUAUUGAUUAAUAGCUUCUGUAUAAUUGGGAGCAUCUAAAGAAAUGUUUCUGUCCAUAUACCUGUACCCUAUAUAUUUACACACAAAGACACACUUGCACAUUUUACAUCACAUUUCACUCACUCACAUAUAAAGUACAAC